GUCUUCUGUGUAGCGGUAUUUAACGUUAGCAGACAGUAUCCAACCUAAAACAUUUCCGAAUAGUCCGUCGCUCGGUUCAAAUCGUGUAGGAUUUGUUAAUUAAAUUUCAAAUCUCGCGUAUCAAAGUGUGUUCCAUUCGAUAGUCACAGCAAAUUACGAGUUCCUGAAUGAAAGAUUGCAGCUGGACGAUGAUGUUUAUGAAAGUUGUGCUAACAAAGUGAAAUUUUACGCGUUACGCCGCACAUAGACCGCAAAGUCUUAGGAAAAACAGUCAGUCUGACUUUCCUUUUCAGUGCUUCUCUGUUGAAAAUUUCAAUUUUUCAAACAAAUUUGUUUAACUCUCAGUUGUAUCUUCAAUUUGAAAAAAAAACAUGGAUACGGCAGAAUUUGUGGAAUUUGCCAAAGCAUCGAUCGAUUUUGUUGCAAAUUACCUCGAGACUUUGAGAGACAGAAACGUAUUGCCUAAUGUACAGCCGGGUUAUCUCAGUAAGUUAUUGCCGGAGGAAGCGCCGCAAAAAUCCGAAAAGUGGCAGGAAGUCCUGAAGGAUGUGGAGCGAUACAUUAUACCUGGAAUGACACAUUGGAAUUCGCCACAUUUUCACGCGUACUUCCCUACGGCUAAUUCUUAUCCUGGAAUCGUCGCUGAAAUGAUGAGUAGCGCGUUUAGUUGUAUAGGAUUUUCUUGGACCUCGUCUCCAGUUUGUACCGAACUUGAAGUUCUUAUGUGCAACUGGCUUUGCAAAUUAUUGGAUCUUCCCGACAAAUUUUUAUUUACCAACGAUGGAACAGGUGGAGGAAUCAUACAGGGAUCUGCAAGUGAAUGUACUUUAGUGUGUAUACUGGCUGCGAAAGACUACACAAUGCGUCGUAUAAAAACUCUUAAUCCAGAAAUGGACGAGAAUACUAUUAAGUCUAAAUUGGUGGCAUAUACUUCCAUUCAGUCAAAUUGUUCGGUGGAAAAGGCCGCUUCUUUGGGUUCUGUGCAAAUAAGAUUGUUGCCGGUGGACGACAAACAUUCUUUACUCGGAGCAACAUUGAGAAAAGCUGUGGAAGAGGAUUUGGCAAAAGGUCUUAUUCCUUGUUGCGUCAUCGCUACCUUAGGAACUACCGGCACAUGUGGAUUCGACAAGCUCGACGAGAUUGGUCCUGUCUGUGAAGAAUACGACAUAUGGCUGCAUAUUGACGCUGCUUACGCAGGUGCAGCAUUUCUUUGCCCUGAAUAUCGUUAUUUAAUGUCCGGUAUUGAGUAUGCAGAUUCUUUUAAUGUAAACGCUCACAAAUGGCUGCUAGUAAAUUUCGAUGCUUCCGUAAUGUGGGUAAAAGAUACGAAACGACUCACUGAUGCAUUUAGUAUAGAGAGAAUCUAUCUUCCUCACAGUAACGCAGAGCUACCUGAUUACAGAAAUUGGCAGAUUCACUUGGGCAGACGUUUUCGUUCGUUAAAAUUGUGGUUUGUCUUUCGGAUUUACGGACAGGAAGGACUUCAAAAUCAUAUUCGGCAACAAAUAAAAUUGGCAAAGCUCUUUGAAGAAUAUGUUUUGUCGGACGCCAGAUUUGAAGUAGUAACCAAAGCUUUUAUGGCUCUUGUGUGUUUCCGUGUCAAGGGCGAUGACAGUUUAACAAAGAAACUCUUUGAUCGUCUACAGGCCAGAAAACGUAUCUACGUUGUUGCUAGCACGUAUCAAGAUAAGUAUGUCAUCAGAUUUGUCAUUUGCAGUCGAUUGUGUCGGGAAGACGACGUAGCCUUCGCAUGGAACGAAAUAAGCAGUCAGGCAACAGAAUUAUUGCAAGAGGAACAUUAUAAGACCUCAGUCGAGAAUAUUGCAAAAGUGACAGACGAUAAUGUAAAAGUGUCAAAUAUCGCCAAUGAGCAUAAUAUCGCACCUGCAUUUCUCAGUUCAGAAUACUUGCACGAAACGUUUGCAAAAGAGCUAAGUAGUCGACACAUAUAGGAUAACUCCGGUACGUUGAGAAAGUCAGAAAAAAUAAAAAAAGUAUAGAAGUUAUUUGCGCGCAACUAUUUUGUUACGUGCUUUUAUCUUGUGUUUAUGAUUUCAGCUUUUUGUUGUUAAUAUUAAUGAAACUAUCGUAAUUUAAAUCGAUUCGUCAAUGUGACACCUGAUUUCGUCUGCGCAAUUCGAGGCAAUAACCAGAUCUUUGGGUCAAUAAACUUCUUUAUUUUUGUAUAGUUUUUAACAAGCGUUUCGACCCUCAGUUUGGGUCUUCUUCAGUGUAAGGAAGAUUCGUAGGUGUAGGAAGAACUCGGUCUAUCAGUCGCGUAUCGCCGUCAACCACACGCGAAACAAAAUCUCGAUGAUAACGACUCGAAAAGCGUGAAAAACAAGAUUUAGUAGUUGUUUCAUAAUACAUAAGUGUAGAGCGAUAAGUAAAGAUAAUUAAAAAAUAUAUAUAUUCUUGAUAAAGCAGUGUUUGCGUCUAAACAAAGACACGUGCGCAGACAAAUGUUGCGAACCUGACUUGCUUAGAUAAUCAAUAAAGUACAAAUUCAUAAUUUAUAUAUUUUCGUUUCUGUAAAAAUAAACAAAAUAUAUAAAAGCAGCAAGAACAAAUUUUUAUAAUGCAUAAGGAAACUUCUUACGAUAUCCUUGUGCAAAUUCUACAGUAUAAAUAAUA